CUCGUGACUCGUCGCGCCAAAGUAGACGCAUCGGUAACAACAUCACGCAAUGGCUGCGCCUGUACAACUCACAACAAUGCUUCCUGCACCGCACAGUUCAUAUUCAAAUGUGUUUUAUCGGUUAUAUUCUGUCAUCGAGUAGAGGCCAUUGUUAAACUGCACGAACAUACUCGACACAAGAAAAUGGCUAGCGUCAUCAAAGCUACUACUCAGAGCGAUACGAACACACUGAGCGAUCUCCGACUCUUCUUGGCCGGCACCGCCGGGUACGACAAGAAAAUCAAACCUGCGGACGUCACGAAAGCCGCGAUUCGUCUGCUGAAAACUCUUCCAGCCGCUCGAGAUGCGGUACUGGAAUAUAUGCACAACUUAUUCGACGACGCAGUCAACAAACACAUCAUGAAACUCGACACCGAAGAAACACCUUCGGAACCUGGAGAGCACGAACAGGCUAUUGAAGAAGUGGAGGCCGUCUUGUCAGGAUUCAUAAAGAGCAAUCUCUGUGCUUGGGCGCCCAUCAUUUCGACGUGGUCCCUCGAUCUUCUGGGUUACCUAGCCAGCAAAUACGCCGACCGGCGAAUCGUGCACUACUCGUCCAGCCUACAAGAAGUGCUCGAAAUAUGGAUGGCCUGUCCCCCGACACGGACAUUGAUCGACCUCACGACUCAGUGUCUAUCCAUUUUAAUCGGGACGAACCCUGACCUGUGCAUCGACGCCCUGCUAGAAACGUGCGUGAAGCGCUCGCCGCAUUUUGACUGGGUCGUAGCGCACAUCGGCUCCUGUUUUCCCAAUACUGUCAUCACCCGAGUGUUGGCCUGUGGCCUCAAAGACUUCAUCAGCCACGAGGAUCAGCUGUUGAUGAACGCGGAGAAAAAAGUGCCCAAGUUAGCUUCUGUCGUGGGCAUUCUGGGUCACCUGGCAGGGCAGCAUGCGGCUAAUAUCAAGAAGGCACUGGUGAACCUCAUGCAGGAGAGUUUCGUCGCGAACCCGACGAGGGAACAACUGGCGACAGUGCCUUUCCUGCUGCAGUUGGCUUCCAUGUCAGAACUGUUGCUGACAGCCAUUGUGUCGGAGUUCAACAAAAUUUUGUCCGCAGACGUGCUCAACAAGCUCUCUGGCCUUGUGUCCCAGUGGGAAGCAGCAAAGAUUCCAGGAACCAAAGACCUCAUGAGCUUGGUGGUGGUACUCAUCCUACAGUACGGCACUGGAGACCUCAAGUUUCUUGCCCACCUGCUUGAUGUCGCCGCUGGGGAGGGUGAAUAUGCUUCUUCUGCGCUACCAGUGGUUCAAAAUGCUGCAGGCAUCAUCUUGGACAACGUUCUGAUGGAACUGCAGCACCGUGUCUAUGCAGGCGCGGCAGACAUUCCACUGCUCUUCUCUCUGGAGCGCAAGCUACCUGACCUGUGCCUCUGGAUGGACACAAAGUCCAGCAGUAAGACAAUGUGGAUCUGGAAUGUAAUUUCCUUCAUCUGCAUUUAUAGCAAGGAGAAGACCUGCAUCAAUGUGCUCAGCCACCUGCUCUGCCGCAUCCGCGGCGGAUCGGAGCUUCUUCUUUUCCAAGCCCUUGUCCACCAUGUUGAGGUGAUCCACAUCAACAGCUUGCCAAGCACAGUACUUUACCUCAUGGCCGAACUCAGGUCCGGAAGAAUAUCCGAACCGCAACGACUCGUUGACAACCUGAAGAAGUUUUGUACAAACACUCAGAUGGGAGCCAGAGUGAGCGACUUGAUAUGCAAGUCUGCGGAAGUUUUAGCGGAGCAGAUGCAGACGACGCGUGACUUCGCUUACGUGGACUUGUUAGCGGAGUUGUUAAUGGUUACAGUUCAACCAGAACACAUGCCACCUGCAACCAUUGUGAAAGUGACAUCAUCUGCAACGGCCUACUUCUUUACGAUUGUGUCUUGUCCCGAACACUACAAUGGUGCUCAAAAGUUCAAGGCCGCAGUAGUCUGCUUCAAACUGCUGUCAACACUGUGCAUCCGCAGCGUCCCCCAACACGUAGCCCUGCGGAACCUCUUGAGCGGAGUCCUCGAUGACAGGGUGUCCUGGUUGUUUGGAGCAGUGCCGAAACGGCAGGAAACAGAGAAGCUCCAACCCAAGUUUGUUUCUCUGCUGGAGGAGAACCAGAAGUUUGCGACGUCGAUAAAUUUCCCGCAGAGUCACUCGUCGAUCCUCAGGAUUGGAGUGAUUGGCAGUGGUUUGAGAACAGCGCCAGUGAGGCCCAAAGUGGAAGUGGAAGGGGUUCAGCUGAACAAGCAACUGUUCCUGGAAGCACUGACAGCAUGCUGUGCACUGCCCUGGCGCAACGGACGCCUUUCAAGUACAAAGACAUCCAUGGUUCCUGGAAUGAAGACUGUGGCUCUCCUGCUUGUUGAGUUGGUGUCAUCAGACGUGAUGUUCAACGGAUUGCCCUGGCCAGAUGAAGAUUUUCUGAAGGUAACAAUUGAACGAGACCUGCACAUCAACGCUAGCUUUGCGGACCACCCCAUCCUGUGGGACCUCCUGCGACUGACUGCAUCUGUUCGUCCUUCCCUCUGUUACUGCAGCGUGCUCCUGCGGGCUAUCGUAGCUGUCAUGAUGACCCACUGGCGGAACUCGCAGGAAAAGGGUGCCUGCAACUGCGCAAAACAACUGGAGACGAGUCGUAAGGUCCUGCAGGUGAUGGCCACGGGGCAACUGCUUCCCGCUCCGCUGUCUUCCAUUGGGCAAAUCCUCCACUUGUUGACUCCCUUCGAGGUGUCCUGCCUCCUGUCGGACGUGUGGCAGUACAUGAAGGAUAAUGUGCCCAGCCCGGCACUGUUUGCCCAGAAGAAUGGCCAGUACUGGAGGGAGUUCAAGGCCGGUGAGAAUGGGGCGUCCAAAUACACCGAGAGGUUGAGGAUGAUCAUGAUGAGCAACAUCUCCACGUGCGGACCUCUCUUCCAGAAGUUCUUCAACGUGGAGUGAAUUGUGCAGAUUUUUAAACGUAUACACUGUCUCUGCCAAAAGCGACUGACGUGUUUUUUUUGUUUUGUUUUACGAGAGCAAGUGCAGACGGUGGACAGCUCGGUGAAUGAUGUGUGAUGGCUUCCACACAUAACACACCACUUUAGGUUGGACAAAGUGUGUUCAAGUAAAGCAAUGGCUUCUUAA